AUGGAGAACAAAACUCAAGAGGAAGCUUCGACCAUCAAAGUUUCAUCCCUUACUUGCAUAGAUCUUGCCAACCCGAACUUUCAACAAUCAGCGGUUUCUCUUAAACAGAGCAAGAAGUUCUUUGCUCUUCCUUUGGAGGAGAAAAUGAAAGUCUUGAGAAAUGAAAAGCAUCGAGGCUAUUCACCCGUCCUUGAUCAAAUUUUAGAUCCUGAGAAUCAAGUCGACGGUGAUUACAAAGAAAGUUUUUUCAUUGGAAUCGAAGUUGUUUUGCCGGGAUGGCGGGCGACCAUGGAGAAAUAUCAUCAAGAAGCAUUGAGGGUUUGCAAGGCUAUUGCUAGAUUAUUAGCAUUGGCGCUCGACUUGGACACAAAUUACUUUGAUAAACCGGAAAUGCUGGGAAAUCCUAUCGCAGUUAUGCGUUUGCUUCGUUACGAAGGGAUGUCUGAUCCCUUGAAAGGAAUAUUUGGAUGUGGAGCUCAUUCUGAUUACGGAAUGCUGACUCUCUUAGCAACCGAUAGUGUAACCGGGCUCCAGAUAUGCAAGGAUAAGGACGUGAAGCCUAGGAAGUGGGAAUAUGUACCAUCUAUUAAAGGAGCAUAUAUCGUCAAUCUUGGAGACUUGUUGGAGCGUUGGAGCAACGGCAUUUUUAAAUCCACAUUGCAUCGGGUACUUGGGAAUGGUCAAGACCGAUAUUCCAUUCCAUUCUUCAUAGAACCGAGUCACGACUGUCUAGUAGAAUGUCUACCUACCUGCCAGUCCGAAAACAACCUUCCCAAAUAUCCAGCUAUCAAAUGUUCAACGUUCCUCACCCAACGUUACCAGCAAUCACAUGUGAAUUUGAGCAUCUACAAACAGCCCUAAGUGAAGUUCAUGGAAAAACUUAACCCAAGUG